AUGGCGCUCCGCUUCUCCGCUAAUCUCUCAUGGCUCUUCCCGGAGCUCCCGGCGCUGCCGGCGCGGCUGGAAGCGGCGGCGGCCGCCGGGUUCGGAGCGGUGGAGGCGGCUUGGCCAGCGGGCUGCCCGGCCCAGGAGCUGCGGGCCGCGGCGGAGCGGGCGCGGGUGCGGAUCGCGCUCCUCAACACCCCUCCCGGGGACCAGGAGGCGGGUGAGCUGGGGCUGGCGGCCGUGCCGGGGCGGCAGGCAGCCUUCCGGCAGGGCCUGGAGGCGGCCGUGCACUACGCCAGGGCUGUGGGCUGCCCCAGGAUUCAUGUGAUGGCUGGGCGGGUUCCCCUGGGCACAGACCGGGCUGCAGUGGCAGGUGAGAUGGAAACCACCUUCAUUGAGAAUCUCAGAUACACUGCUGACCUCCUGGCCCAGGAAGACAUGAUUGGACUGUUGGAGCCUAUUAACAACCGCAUCACUGACCCUCGCUACUAUCUGAACACCCCACACCAAGCUGCUACCAUCCUGGAGAAAGUGGGACGGCCCAACCUGAAGCUGCAGCUGGACCUUUUUCACUGCCAGAUCAUGGAUGGCAAUUUGUCACACAACCUGGAGACAUACUUCCCAUUCAUCGGUCAUAUCCAGAUUGCACAGGUACCAGGGCGGCACGAGCCCGAUAGCCCUGGGGAGUUGAACUUCCCCUACAUCUUUGAGCUCCUGGAGUCCCUUGGCUACACUGGCUACGUGGGGUGCGAGUAUGCUCCAAAGGGAGACACCCUGGAAGGUCUGGGCUGGCUGCGAUCCUACUGGGAAAGCAGAGGGCUGCAGCAUGGUGGGACCAGCAAGGCAGCCAAGUAAAACUAAAACACCA